CACACCGGGGUUGAGGAGUGGGUGACGAAGAGCAAUCACCACCACCAGGAAAAAAAAUAUCAGGAGCAUAAAAUGCACGGACUACAAGGAUUCAUUUGACUGUCAGUGGGAAAUGUUUGCUUAUUAAGCCUUUGGCGUCAAUGAGCUCAUUUGGAGAGCACUAAUUUAACACAAUGAAGGUGCUGUGUCAGGCCGAGCUUUCUGCUUUUUAGCCAGUUGGCUGCAAUUCCGGGGAUGCUAGUUGAGCUAACAGAGCUAGCUAACAAUUAGCCUGCCCAUUUAGCUACAGUGGUCACUGGUUGCCUCCGUCUGCAAGGAAUGACUGUUUUUGCGCAGUUGUAAUGUUGUAGUUUCGUUCAGGUUGCUACAAGGGUCUUAGUUCGUCGAGCUGUGGAGACAUUAAGCCAGCUUAUUUGUUUGUUCAGUACAUGGACAGCUUGACGGGCGCUCAUCGUCACUGCGCGGGCGUACAGUGUUGGUUUCUGGGCGGCUAAGCUGGUACUCGGCCGGGCAACCAGCAGAGGGUUUGGGACAAAUGUGGCAGUGGCAGUUAGUGGUGUCCCACUGUCUCUGGGACCGAAGUUGGUAGUUGAAAUAUAAACCAUAUGAGCGCCAGGUUUUCUGGGCUUUCCUUCACUGUAGAGAAGGGAUUAGAAAGUGUUGGCACGUUGAAAAUUCAUCAACUUGUCGCGUUAGCCGCAUUUAGCUUACACGCUAGUCUGCCAGGCUGCUUUUUCCAGCUAGUUUUUUACCUUUUUUUGGAAAGUACAUUAAUAAUAAUGAUAAUCUGCAUCCCAAGCUGGUACAUAAAGUGUUUGCAGACAUGAUGCAUUUUGAGUCAUCAGUGAUCAGCUGCCAGCCGCUGUAAGACUUGCACAAGAGUUUAACUCAGCUGUCAAAUAUUCAAGACUUGACAACAGUUUGUCCACCAACAAGGAAGGCCAGAUCCUGCACCAAGCAGCAAUCCCAACCGAUUAACUGGAUAUCACGGUCUGAAGAAAGGACUGUUUGGUUUGUUUGAGACUUUGUGUGAGGUCUAGCCCGACUCCCCCUGUCAGACGGGCUUUUUCAGCUCAUGCGGUGAUGACUUUAGACUCCAUGAUGGCUUGUUGCCUGAGUGAGGAGGCGAAGGAGUCCAAACGCAUCAACGCUGAGAUCGAGAAACAACUCCGGCGAGACAAGAGGGAUGCGAGAAGAGAGCUCAAGCUUCUGCUUCUGGGUACUGGAGAAAGUGGCAAAAGCACCUUCAUCAAACAGAUGAGAAUAAUCCAUGGAUCGGGCUACACAGACGAGGACAAGAAGGGCUUCACCAAACUGGUCUACCAGAACAUCUUCACCUCAAUGCAGGCCAUGAUCCGUGCAACUGAGACCCUCAAGAUCCCAUACAAAUACGAACAGAACAAGAAUAACGCUCAGCUGGUCCGUGAGGUUGAUGUGGAGAAGAUUUCAUCAUUCGAUCAGCCGUACAUCAGUGCGAUUAAGAUGCUGUGGGCUGACCCUGGCAUCCAGGAGGCCUAUGAUCGAAGGAGAGAGUACCAGCUCUCUGACUCAACUAAAUAUUACCUUAGCGAUUUAGAACGAAUAUCAACAUCCGGGUACGUGCCCACUCAGCAGGAUGUGCUGCGAGUUCGAGUGCCCACCACCGGCAUCAUUGAGUACCCUUUUGACCUGGAGAAUAUAAUCUUCAGCUAUCUAAGCGAUCUGGAUCGUAUCGCUGAUUCAUCCUAUCUGCCAACUCAACAGGACGUGCUUAGGGUUCGAAUCCCAACCACUGGGAUUAUAGAAUAUCCCUUCGACUUGCAAAGCAUCAUUUUCAGGAUGGUGGAUGUGGGGGGUCAGAGAUCAGAGAGGAGGAAGUGGAUCCACUGCUUUGAGAAUGUCACCUCCAUCAUGUUUUUGGUGGCACUCAGCGAAUACGACCAAGUCCUGGUGGAGUCAGACAAUGAGAAUCGUAUGGAGGAAAGUAAAGCUCUAUUCAGGACCAUCAUCACAUAUCCUUGGUUCCAAAACUCCUCUGUCAUCCUGUUCCUCAACAAGAAGGACCUGCUGGAGGAGAAGAUCAUGUAUUCUCACCUGGUGGAUUAUUUCCCAGAGUUUGACGGACCGCAGCGGGACGCCCAGGCGGGUCGGGAGUUUAUUCUGAAGAUGUUUGUGGACUUGAACCCAGACAGUGAUAAGAUCAUCUACUCCCAUUUCACGUGUGCCACCGACACAGAGAACAUCCGCUUCGUCUUUGCAGCUGUGAAAGACACCAUCCUGCAGCUGAACCUCAAAGAGUACAACCUGGUGUGAAGAGAGGAGCGCAAAGAGCUAAAGAGAGAGAGCAAGACAGAGACCUGCAGCCCCAAACACACAAUGCAAAGAAUCACACAUGUGCAUGAAACUUAGUGCUGCUCAUUAAGCAUUGCUUCACACUUUACAGAACCAACACUAUCCAUGCUCUCCCUGAUGUCCACUUCCCUACUUGGUUAUCGAUUUGCUCCUUUUCUAAAUUCAUGGUUAUCUUUUUUGUGAUUUAAUAUUUUCUCCUCUUGUAUAAAACACACGUGAAACACUUAAAUAAGAUGAUGCUUCUUCAGUUUGUCCUCCUCUCUUAGGGCCAUCUUUCUUUUUCUGUACACUACAUUAUCAGCAGUGCAUGUGUGUUUGAGGUGUGUCGAGGGCCUUCUCUGGGUAGACUAAUCUUACAUGGACAAAGUGCUCUCUUCCUUCCUUCUUAUUUAAAUUGUGCAUGUUAAACACUACAGCAUGAGGGCUUGAGGCCAGGCUGCAGAGUCCUGGACUCUGCUCAUGUGCAAAGGGUAACUAAUUAUGAUGAUAGGAAUAUUUUAUCUGGCAGUGUUGGGAUGCAGAGAGGUACUUGGUUCCCCUGGGUCUUGAAUUGUUUUUGUUAAUCUUGCCCCAAAUCAGAGUGCAGUAGCUCUGUUGAAUGUAAAUAAAGUUUUCAUGCUGCUCACACAGAGUGAGGGCUGCACAGAGACCACUACAUGUUCUCUGUGGACUUUAAAGGUUUUCUUGCUUCUCAAAUUAUUUUUCUUUUUCUCCAUUUAAAGCUGAAGAAGACUACUUAAAGUAUCACAGUUUGUUCUUUUUACACUGCCCCUUUGUUUAAAUUGUUAAGUAUGUUACAGUAACACUACAGGUAUUUACAUUUUGUAUAUCAACUCCCUGUCAUUUUGUACAAGGUUGCCAAAUUUAAAUGUUACUUUGUUUCUGUUAUUAUAACUACAUUGCCAGUUCAUUCCUUAAGUGGCUCAGAUAAUUACAAAAUAUUUAAAAACUGGUUUUGCCAAAAUUAAGUGCAAGUUUUUUCUCGUGUUGGAUCAUUCAGACGUCGAUGGCAUGACAACUCGACCUGUGUGGCAUUUAUUCAUCUCUUCUGACGUGUGAAUCCCACGUGUAUCAGUACUGUGAUCUGUUUUCUUUGGUGAGAAUGACGACACCAGAUUAGGACAUUGCAAUAGUUGGUAGUAGAUGAAACAGCUUUCGCGCUGCUAGUUGGUCACAAAGUUGGUCUUGAUCAUCAAUAUGGCUUCUCUCUGUAAUCAGUUUAUUUUGCCAUAUUAUUCAGCCAACAUUUGAUUACAUGUAAUGAAUAGCAAGAGAGUAAAUAGUUCUUGUUUUUGUAUGUCUAAUUUAUCAACCAGAUCUAUGUAUUGUUGAUACAUUAAUGAGACUUCCUCCCUAGUUUCAGCUCAAAGUUUUUCCAACCAAGGAGACGGGAGGAGAUUUUAUACUGCUGUAAAAUAUCAACUAUUUUAUGGACAGUGUGUUCUAUCUUUCUAAUGAUACUUCAUAUAUUUAGUUGUGCAGUUUUGUUUUUGAAAUGCUUGACAAUGGAAGGUGCAGUUUUCCUUGUCAGGUUUGUGCUUUAUGCAAACAGGAAAAAUGAAAACAAGACAAAAAUAUUAGUGGUUGAAUAUUUACUGUUCAUGGAUGCUUGCUUUUUUGUAACUUUUGAGGAUACAGUAUGUGUUGGCUAUUGGUACCAAUCCCAUAUCGUGUCUCUUGCCUGAUAGUUGUUUAAAUAUUCCAUUAAGCUGAGAGUUAAUAGAUGGCUAUUUUUGUCUUCACAAUGUAAUUCAGGUAAGUUUUUUUCAUAACUUUUACAUCACAAGGGCUACUACUAGCAGCUUUGGUAGAAAUGAAAGGUCUCUAUGGACGGCAUAGAGUAAAAGGUGCAAUUAAUUAUUGAUUCGGGGAGGAAGGGGGUGAAUCGGAGUGUGUUGACAUCCAGUUGAGAGUGACGGUGGCAGGCUCAGUGAGGGAGGAAUACAGCAGUCCAUAGACAGCCUACAUGAGGUUGAUGCAUGACAGCUGAUUGGCUCUUUGUUCUCUUUGUCUUCUUGCCUUCAGAGGAGGAGAAUGGCUUGCAUCAGAGAAGCUGGUUCACUUAAUUAUCCUAUGAAUGCCAUGUGCUAACUUUAUAAUAUUUCACACUAUGUGGUUAGAUAUAUUCAGCUUAGCCUCUCAUUGGUAGUGUUUUCAUGUUUGGCAGUGUUGGAGUCAGAAAAUAGAGGAUUUGCCAGCGGCAGUGCCUCUAAUGCAUUUGCUGGCUUUAUCCUGUACUUUAGUGGUUCUCAGCGUGGGGGUGGCAAGAUGCCUUUGAAAAAUCUGAGAAAACUUUCAAAUGAUUUCUAAUUGUAUGUUUUACCCAUAUUUAUGAAAAUAUAUGCAUAAAAUUAGUUGCAUUAGAAAUAAAAGCACAGCAAUUUUGUGAGAUUUAUGCUGAAAUCAAAGCAAUGUUCAACAAUUUUGAGAAUCCCUGCUGUACAUGUAAGAAGUGUUGUUGACAAAAAAAUAAUAGUUUUCAAGAAUCCUGCCAUUAAGAAAUAAAAUGGGUGGUGAAAACUAAUGGGUGGUUAACUUGCAUGCAGGCAAUCAUUUUGACACCUACCCCUUGACAGGCAGCAGUUUCAGACACUAAAAAUUGCUCUACGAAAAUAAUCAGUGUUGUGGCUGAUGAUUUAUUUUCUUUUUUGGGUCAUAUAGAUUCAUCAGUAUUAUUUUGGUCUCUUUCAGUACCACCUAAAAACUUCUCACAGGAGCUUUAAAUGAGUGAAAAUCUUAAACUACACCUCAGUGUGUUUAUGGUACUUUAAAGCCACCAUUAAAUAUAUUAAGAUGUUUUGUAUUGAGCAACUUUACAAAGGAGGGAUGAAUUAGAGCUGUUGCAAAAUUUCAUGUUGUUAUACCAGCAUUUAUUUGCGGUACAGAUUGUUUCUCUGGUGCUUCAGCCAGCACUGAGAGACCUUUACUCAACCGCCACAUGUGUAAGGUGAUGAUUUCAGACUCCCUAUUAGACCUUUAGGCCCAGAAGUGUUCUUUAACUUUUCAGUAAGAAAUAAAGAACCUUGAAUUUUUGACAUGUUAGUGACUCCUAGUUGUAGACUGUAAUUUAACUUGAAAUGAAAUGUUUGGUUCUGCUGCAGUGGUGGAAAAUGCCAACGUUUGCUUGUUUAGGGAAGCAAACCCCUCUCUUUAGAGCCUAGGCUUUAAGGGCAGGCAUGUGGUUUCUUUCCUAAUUAACAAAAUCUAAGUAUCCACCUUAUCAAAUUUGUUGUAAGUUUUGCCUUGAAAAUAUAGCACUGACCACCUGCAAAACCAACAAAGAGAAACACACAUGGCUGCUCUACCAAUGAUGAGAAGCUACAGUAAUACUGGAUUUGUUCUGUUUCCUGCAUAGAGUGUACUUUAGCAAAGGUUUAUUAGACAGUCCAUUGAAACAUACUGUGCCAAACAACAUCAAUCGGAAAAGAUCUGAAAACUUCACAUCUGUUUUAACCUAACCUAUUCUUCUAUUCAGUCUCUUUUUUUCAAAAUGAAGUUGAGCCUCAGUAUUAUUAGUGUAUUUAUUGAAAUUCUUGCCAAGUGAAGGUACUGAAACAUCCAUUCUUAUGUUUUGGUUGUUUAUUAAAGCCAGUGGUUGAAUGAAUCGUGUGUUUACAUGUCUGCCAUUCUCCUCUUUCUCCUCACUUCUCUGGACUCUGGUGUAUUCCUCCUGUGGCAUAAAGGCACUGAUCCUGCACCACUGCAAUGGGCCUGCAUUCAUGCAAACUUAGAUGUCCGUUCAAGCGCGCUCAUUGGUACUCUGAGGUGUGUGUGGGUGUGUGUGUGUGUGCGUGUGUGUGUGUGCGCGUGUGUGUAUGUAUGUGUACACUUUUGAUGGCUAUUGCUUAUGCUUGAGAUCCAUUCUGGUUAGAGGGAUGGACAUCCAGUGAUAUUAAAGCUAUCUUUGCAUCUUUUUCUUUUGUAAGGUUUAAACACCUUAACACCUGUAUUUAGGACCACUUAAGACUUUUUUAAAAGAGUUAAAAUAAACUUUGUGUAGUGGUGUACAAAUUGAAAGUAAUGUAUUUUUGUUCUGAUUUUUUCUUCUUUUUUUUAAGUAUACCAAAUGUAAAUUAUGUACAAUGAGUGUGCCAAUCCCCUUUCUUUGUAAAGCCAGAUUCUUAACAAGUGCCAAUGUUGUGAAAAAUCAGAGGGCCUGUGAAUUUCAUGGUCUACUUUUUAAAACAAAACACUCAAGUAUGUGAUUAACUAAUUAAAAAAGGACAAUUUUAUUCUAUAUUUAAGAUUAAUGAUGAACUGCUGUUUUUAAAAGGUAAUUGUCAUUUUAAUUGCAUGUGUUUGUCAGGUUGGGGAGGGAGUGGGUGGGUGAGAUACUGUAUUCAUGCAACACCCUCAUGAAAGGGUCCUAUGGUCGGUUAUUGAUUUACAGUAUUUUAGCCAUAUUUCUCUUUCGUAUAUUUCAUUUCAACCACUGUUGCCUGAACCUCAUUCAAACAUGAAAUGAUUUUCAUAGCCUUCUCCUUUAAAUGUUUUAAAUUGGAAUAAAAUAUGUUCCUAUACUCUCUUA